AUGGAGCCUCCAGCAGUGACGUGCUGUCCCCAGGACAUGGUGACCUUCCCUGAUGUGGCCAUAAUCUUUUCUGUGGAGGAGUGGCCAUGCUUGGAUGCUGCUCAGAGGAAACUCUAUAAAGACGUGAUGCUGGAGACCUACAAGCACCUGCAGGCAGUAGGGCAUUCCAGACUGAAGCCUGCGCUGAUCUCCUGGUUGGAAGGUAGAGCACUGGGGAGGCUACCAAGACAUGUGUUUUCAGCAAAAGCAAAGCCAGAAAUCUACCCAUGCUCCUUCUGCUCACUGGCUUUCUCCAGUCAGAACUUCCUCAAUCAUCACCUGAAACAAAGUCAUCCCUCUCGGAUCCUCACAGGAGUAUGUGCAAGAGAGCAAGCACAAGUAGAGAAUUCCUAUUCACAUGAACAGAACCCAUGGCAACAGCAUUCUAAAUCAUAUAAUGACAAUCCAAGAAAUGACACACUUGAAAGUCAAAAGCAGAAAGAAGUCUACAAACCUUUGCCUAAAAAGAUGAGGUAUAAAAGAAUUUCAACAGUCUUUUCUCAAGUAUGUCACCUUCUAAUAGGGGACUCCAAUAAAUAUGAGAUGGUAAAAGAGGAAGAAACUAACACAAGGCAGGAAGAAAAUCAAAAGGACACAGUUAGAGUAGAUCAAGGACUAGGAAAGCCAAGAAUUUUAAGAGAAAAGAAAGUGAGACCUGGGCAGGGAUGCACCGAUGGGUCAAGUGUGACACACCAAAGGGCACAAACACUGGAGAAGCCAUGUGUUUGCAUGGAGUGUGGGCAAAGUUUUAGUCGGAAGUCAUAUCUCAUCAGACACCAGAGGACACACAGCGGGGAGAGACCCUAUGUUUGUAGUGAGUGUGAGCAAGGCUUCAGUGAUAUAUCAGGUCUCAUCAGGCACCAGAGGAUACACACAGGUGAGAAGCCCCACGUUUGCAGGGAGUGUGGGCGAGGAUUCAGUCAGAGUUCAAAUCUCAUUGCACACCAGAGAAUACACACAGGGGAGAAGCCCUAUAUUUGCAUGGAGUGUGGACGAGGCUUCAGUCGGAGGUCACAUCUCAUCACACACCAAAGGACACACACGGGGGAGAAGCCCCAUGUUUGCAGUGAGUGUGGGCGAGGCUUUAGUCUGAGUUCAAAUCUCAUCACACACCAGAGGAUACACACACAGGAUAAGCCCCAUGUUUGCAGGGAGUGUGGGCGAGGCUUCAGUCUGAAGUCAAGUCUCAUCACACAUCAGAGGACACACACAGGGGAGAAGCCGUAUGUUUGCAUGGAGUGUGGGCGAGGCUUCAGUCAGAGGUCAAAUCUCAUCACACACUGGAGGACACACACAGGGGAGAAGCCUUAUGUUUGCAGGGAGUGUGGGCGAGGCUUUAGUCAGAGUUCACAUCUCAGCAUCCAUGAGAAAACACACAGUGAAGAGAAGCCCCUUGCUUGCAGGGAUUGUGGAGAAAGGAAGCUCUAUAGAGACCUGAUCCUGCAAAUCUACGAGCACAUUCGGCCUUUAGCUGAGAGCGGCCCUGGACACACAGCUGUGGGCUACAUCCCAGGAUGUGGAGAGCCUGCUCUUUUGUUGCCUCCAUACUCUGCUGGCCUGCACAACCUCAAGGACCAUUUUCAGGUGUGUCUGACCCUGGACUCUGACACUGCCCAUCGCAUCCUGUGUCCCAGGACCAGAAAACAGUCAGUUUUUACCCCCUCAGCAAAGCAGGUGGACGCAUGUUUCCAACUCUCCUUGGAGUGGCGCCUUGUACCUACCAGAGGACGAAUUGCAGAAUCCCCUCCAGGCCCUGUGGAAGGCUGGAAUGGGCCCAGAGCAGCUGAGGUCAGAGCUGCAACAACCUGCUCCUGCUUCAUAGUCUCAGGCCUGCCUUUGCCCAUGGCAGCGGGUGUGACCAUGGCCCUGGUGGCCUCCCUGACUGAGCUGCAAGCAGAGGCCCACUGCCCCAUGUGCCAGGCUUUCCUGCAGGAGCCUGUGACCCUGGAAUGUGGCCACAACUGCUGUGGCUCAUGCCUGCAGCAGCACUGGGAGCACCUGCACGACGUCCUGCCCUGCCCCGCCCCGUGUGCUUGCACUCCUGCAUAG